GUGUUACCGUAAUGUGUCUAAAUGUUGUGACUUUAGAAAAACACAGCGGUUUAAUUUCUGAUUUCUCUUCACAAACAAACUGCACACGUCACAUGAUCGAUAUCCAAUCCGCUUAGUAUCGAUCACUGACCGGAUGACCUCGCCUGUGUUUGGUCAGUCAGGCUGGUAGUCGCUGUAUUUUGAAGCGCUUCCUGUUUGCUCGGAUAGUUACGGUUCGGCCCGCGUGGUCCGACAGUCGGAACACGGAGCUGACAGAAACCAGCAGCUGAUUGAUCAGCAGCAGGUAUUGAUAGGUGAUUACUGAUGACAGAUGGAGGACCGAGUCUCUGAACCCAAACUGGUUCUGGUCUUCAGCGGGAAACGGAAGUCCGGAAAAGAUUAUGUGACGGACCUGAUCCACAACCGUUUAGGAUCUGAUGUUUGCUGCGUCCUGCGUUUGUCCGGACCUCUCAAACAGCAGUACGCUCAGGAACACGGUCUGGACCUGGACCAGCUGCUGGGUCCUGGUCUUUAUAAGGAGCAGUAUCGGGCCGAUAUGAUACGUUGGGGAGAAACUCGGCGACGCCAGGACCCUGGGUUCUUCUGUCGCCUAGCAACCAGAGGAGCAUGGCAACCUGUCUGGGUGGUGAGCGAUGCACGGCGCCCGUCAGACCUGCAGUGGUUCUCGUCGGAGUUUCCUCGACAGACUCGAAGUGUCAGAGUUCAAAGUUCAGAAAAAACACGCAAACAGAGGGGGUGGAGCUUCACUGCAGGUGUGGAUGAUGCUGAGUCAGAGUGCGGGUUGGACAGCGGGGUUGAAUUUGAUUGGCUCAUCACUAACGAGGCCGAAGCCCCCUCGUUAGAAGAGCAGCUGCAGCCGAUCCUGAAGUUGGUCGAGGAAGCAGUUGAUAGUAACUGAUCAAUAAUCUUAUUGAUAACUGAUGAAUGUUCAGUAACAGCAGCACCGUUUUCUCUCUGAUCAAUAAAGUUUUCUAGAAACAAAA